AUGGGCGACAAUUUAGUUGCGUCCUCCUCCGCCCAGCUUGUGGCGACGGUGCGUCACGAAAACAUACAGCUGCAGAAGCAGUUGGCGGAGGCCUGUCACGAAAACCGCACGCUGCGGAAGCAGCUGUACCACCUGAGCGCCCUCCUCGACAUCGCGGUCAGCAAACUGGCAUCGAAGGGCAUCACCCUUGAGACCCCAGUGGGCAUUCGCGAGCUGCGCGAGGCCGUCUCGCGCCGCGACUUUGUCGACACAACCGCGGGUGUCAUGGACGCCAACGAUCUGGGCUAUGAAACCGCAACGACGAAGAGCUCCUCCAACCGCCGCUUUCAACUUCGCCGGGAGCUGCGGGAGCAUACGAAGCCUGUGCAGUGUGCGGCCUUGCCCCGGCGAGCGACCCAUC